AUGUUCACUCCAAAAGUAUGGACCCAGCCGGAAUGGCACGACUACCUAGUUAUUCGAAACUCCAAACUACCAUCUCUGCCUGUAGUGACCGAGCUCAGUGCGGUGGUGGUGAGAAUACUGGGUGGAAAUCCAGGUGACAUGCAACUACAAGGCACGAAUACAUAUUUGGUCGGGAGCGGCCAGACAAGAAUUUUGAUAGAUACAGGACAGGGUUGUCAACUUUGGAUCGACACAUUGGUCAACUUCUUAAAACAACAUCAUCUCAGCAUCUCACUAGUGCUCCUCACCCAUUGGCAUUCCGAUCACACUGGAGGUCUGCGCGAACUGCUCUGUCAUUAUCCGCACCUUGAAGGAGCCAUCUACAAAGCAGAUCCUGACCGUUGCCAAAAUCCAAUACAUGAUGGCCAAAGCUUUGCGACUGAUGGGGCCACAAUCCAAGCGUUCUUCACGCCUGGACACUCUACAGACCAUAUGUGUUUUCUUUUGGAGGAAACCGGUGCUAUGUUUACAGGUGAUAAUAUCCUAGGUCAUGGAACCAGUGUUGUCGUGGAAAACUUAGGACUAUAUCUCAAGAGCAUUCAGAAGAUGGGACAAAGAGUGCAUAGCGAGAAUAUAAGAGUUGGAUACCCCGGGCAUGGCGCCGUGAUUGAAGAUCUAACCGCCAAGCUCAUAGUCUACGCCAAGCAUUGGGAGAUGCUUGAAAAGGCUGUUUAUUCUACAUUUAUGGCAGAUAGAUUGAAGGAGAGGGUAUUGUUGACAGCUCGGGAAGUCACCUCCCAUAUUUACGGAACGGCACUAGAAAUGAUGGUGGGGCCGUUCAUAACACAAGUCCUGUAUAAACUAGCUGAGCAGGGAGAACUGGGCUUUACGGUGGUAGGUGGCCCAGAGAAGAAGUGGUUUGUGCUUCGAAGAUAG